AUGUUUGUCAAAAACUGUUCUCGCCGCACGCCCCGCUCACCAAACCUCCGUUCACAGAUACCAGGGGGUACUCCUCUGAGUGUGUAUUCGUUAGACGGAGAGCUGUCUGAUGACCAGAAGGUCUAUUCAGAGUGUAAUCAGACAGGACCUCUGGGCUUCCAGGACUGUCUCCCAGAAGCCAGGAUGAAGCUGUGUAGGAAGAUCGGAGAGGGGACCUUCGGAAAGGUCUUCAGUACCGCCAACGCCGCUGGAGACGUGGUCGCUCUCAAGACCAUCCCAGUAGAAGGAUGUGACCAGGUGAAUGGAGAGGAACAGAAAACCUUUGGAGAAAUCCUCCAUGAGAUCAUCAUCUCCAAGGAGCUGACCCGUCUAAAGGAGAAGAAACACAACCAGACCUCUGGCUUCAUCGGACUGAAGGAUCUCCAAUGUGUCCAGGGCUGCUACCCUCCAGGCCUGCUGAAAGCCUGGGACUCCUUCAACACACAGAGAGGAUCAGAGAAUGACCAACCAGAUUUCUUCAGUGAGGAGCAGCUGUUUCUAAUCCUGGAGUUUGAGUUUGGAGGCAGUGACCUGGAGAACAGUAAUGGACAGCUGGCGUCGGUGUUGGUAGCUAAGAGUAUCCUCCAUCAGGUGACUGCUGCUCUGGCUGUGGCUGAACAGGAGCUCUGCUUUGAACACAGAGACCUCCGCUGGGGUAAUGUGUUGGUCCAGUCCACUAAGGAGAAGGAGGGGAGUUUCCUCCUCAAUGGGACAAACCAUUCCUUAAAGACCAGGGGGGUGAGCGUACGCAUCAUCGACUACUCCCUCUCCAGGCUCGAGAUCGAUGGUCUCAGCGUGUCCUGUGAUAUCUCAGAGGAUGAGGAGCUGUUCCAGGGAAAUGGAGACUACCAGUUUGACAUCUACAGACUCAUGAGACAGGAGAACAGUAACAUGUGGGGUGACUACCAUCCCUCCUCCAAUGUGUUGUGGCUCCACUACCUGAGCUCCAAGCUGCUGACGAUGACCUAUAGGGGUCGAGGGGGGCGGGGCGUCAAGCAGGUCAGGGUGGACCUGCAGCGUUUCCACGACGAUGUCCUCACCUUCCGAUCUGCCUCUGACAUACUGUACAACUGUGGCCUGUUCCAAUGA